UUGACCUCUUCUUAAACAAAAACACCAAACAACAAAGUUCAAUUGAUGACGUGGUUUAUCGCAAAUACAAAAUUGAUAAAACAUAAGGCAAUCGCACGCGGAAAUUAGUACAAAUAAGAUCAUGGAAGCGAUCGAUACAAGUGAAGAAGUUCAAACUUUUGAACGUGGAGAAUUAAUAAAACCCAUGGAGACUCGACGGAAUUUAAUACUAUCGUCACUGCGUAACAUCGUCGUCGUUAUUUGUUCAUUUUUAAUUGUCUUCGAGGCCGCUAGGAACAGUAUAACAUGGCACUGUCAGCAAUUUUGGGGGGCGUCCGCUAACUUUUGGCAAUCGCAAUGGUACAAGAUACUAGAUAUCUUCGGUGAAGAUCCCGCAACGCUAUACGCUUAUGGGAGUUUUGCGGUGAUGAGCUUAGUUUACUUUGUCGUUGGGGGAUUGUACACAUUGGCAGACUUUGUGAAUAAACCCAGCAUGGUGAUGAGGUACAAAGUGCAACCCGGGAUGAAUGAGCCCGUUGAGAGAAGUCGCGUGCUGAAGGUUUUGGGUGUUGUGCUAAUAAACCUAGUUAUUACCAUACCGGUCAUGCGCUGUAUGACCUACCUUAUUGAAUGGCGAACAUACCCACCAUUUCGCGAAUUACCCACAUUUCACUGGGUACUAUUUGAGAUGGCAAUUUUCAUCUUUGUUGAAGAAGUCGGGUUUUAUUACUCACACAGACUUCUCCAUCAUAAGCUCAUUUACAAACACAUCCACAAGAAACAUCACGAGUGGACUGCACCAAUAGCAAUAACGUGUAUAUACGCACACCCAAUCGAGCACAUAUUUUCUAAUAUAGUACCAGUUUGGCUCGGGGUGUUCAUAAUGGGAUCGCACGUCGCCACCGCGUACUUAUGGAUUGGCCUAGCUCUACUGGCAACCUUACACUCGCAUAGCGGAUAUCACCUACCUUUUCUACCCUCCCCCGAGUUUCACGACUACCACCAUUUAAAGUUCACACAAAACUUUGGCGUACUCGGCCUGCUAGAUCGUAUCCAUGGGACCGACGUGCAAUUCAGAAACUCUCAGGAAUUUCAGAGGCACGUUAUGAUGCUCAAUUUCACUCCGCCGAGAGAAAUGUACCCAAAUAAAUCGCAAAAAUAUCAAACGUGUAACUAAUAAUGUAACAUUAUUUUUGACAUAGGUACUGUGUACCUACCUGCUAUAUUAAUUAUUGUAUGUAUAUGUAAUUAUUAUUAAUUAUUGGCAUUUUGAGUUCCUUAUAGUGCGUAGUAAGUAUAUUAUUGUAGUCACGAAAUGGUUAAUAAAUCAAUAUCGGAGAAACA